CAACCACAUAUUCCAUAAUUACAACCGAAUCAUUAACAAUGAUAAAUGAUAAUGAUGAUCAUGAUCAUGAUAAUCAUUUUAUUCAAAAAUCAGGAUUAUUAACUAUAAAUAUAAAACGACAGUUAUGGUUAAUUCCAUUUAUCAAUGGUAUUAUGAUUGUUAUUGCAUGUGUCAUACCUUACAUCGUUACUGUAUUGAAAGGAUUAAUAUAUCCAAUAUGGCCAAUGGUCAGUGAUGCUGGUGCCAUAUUACCGGCUGCAAGUUAUUUUUCAACAUUUCUUGAUAUUAUCGCUGCAUUAACUGCUUUUGUAGGAAUAAUCCUGUAUAAACAAAUCCAUUAUUAUCGAUGUGAAUUAAAUCAACGGCUUCCGUUAGGUUCGAAACAUAAUAAUGAUGAUGAAUAUAAAAAUAUCGAUCAUCUUAAACUAUGUAACCGAAUAAUAAUCAUUAUGACAAUAUUCAUGUCAACUGGUUUGGUUUUAACCGGAAAUUUUCGUUCAACCGAAAAUCUUACUGGUCAUAUGAUUGGUGUUACACUUUUUCUACCAUCCGGUCUGCUAUUUGGUUGUGCAUUGAUUUAUGUAUAUGAAAUUCUUUAUUCACAUGGUAUACAAUCGAAACCGAUUACGACUACAAUCAUCAUAAUGAUUGGUAUUGUAUUCACAAUUGGUUGUGGAAUUUUCACCAUUUCAUCAGUAUUAAAAUAUGGAUCCAUAUGGGACAUGUGGAAUAAUGAAUUACGUUUACAUUGGAAACCAAUGAUGCCUGGCUAUUGGUUACAUACAAUGGGAAAUGUUUGUGAAUGGAUUGCUUUACUUUCAUUUGGUCCACUUAAUAUUAUUAUUAGCAGACGUUUUAGAUUGUUUCAAUAUUGGAAUUGUAUUAAACUAUGAAUGUGUUGUGUGUGUGUGUUGAUUAUAUAUCAAUAUAAUUAUCAAUGUUUAUUUACGAAAAUUAUGAUUGCUUUACAUCAGUAUAAUUUUGUUUUAUAUGAUCGUUUUAAGAGGUUUUAGUUGAAAUUUUCAAUUACAUUAUGGAUGGGUUGGAAUUGAAUUUAAAUCUAUUUCCACAAAUUCUAUAUAGAUAUCUGUUAUCAUGUUUAUCAUUUCUAUUGUGAAUUACAUCAUCAUCAUCAUCAUAAUCACAAUUUAAGAAUGUUUUCGUCUCAUAUGUUGGUAAAGA